AUGUUCUUUUCACAACCCGCCCAUCUCGCUAAGGCGGAAGAGCUCAAGCAGGAGCCUCCCAAGGGCACUCCCUACUCGGUCGCAAUCCCCGGCACCGAGCAGCCUGGCCGAAGCCGUGUCUAUCGGGGAUGGAAUACACAGAAGGAGCUGCUGAAGACUCUGGAUCCUCAGGUUCUCACUGCCCAUGACAUGUUCGAGUCGACCGCCAACCGCCAGCCCAAGAACCACUGCCUCGGCUGGCGCCCAUUCAACCCCACCACCAAGACCUUCGACCCGUACCAGUGGCUUACAUACGAGACGGUGCAGAAGCGCCGUGCGGAUUUCGGUGCCGGUCUGGUGGAACUGCACCACAAGCACAACUGCCAUCGCCCUGGCCAGUACGGUAUUGGUCUUUGGUGCCAGAACCGCCCCGAGUGGCAAAUCACUGAUUUGGCAUGCAUGUCUCAGGGUCUCUUCUCUGUCUCUAUCUACGAUGUCCUGGCCGCGGACGCCACCGAAUACAUCAUUAACCAUGCGGAGCUGAACUGUGUUGUGACCUCUCUGCCUCACAUUCCCACUCUCUUGAAGCUCAAGUCGUCCCUGCCCAAUCUGAAGAUGAUUGUCAGCUUGGACCCGCUCGACGGUGGUGACCAGGAUGGCCACUCGAAGCGUGCUCUGCUGGAGUCCGUGGCUGCUGGCUUGGACGUCGCUAUCUACAGCAUUGACCAGGUCGAGGCUCUGGGAGAGGCCUCAAAGCGCGGCUACAACCUUCCCUCGCCCGAGGACACCGUCACUAUCAACUAUACCUCUGGUACCACCGGUCCUCCCAAGGGUGUAGUUUUGACCCAUCGGGCCGCCGUAGCGGCCACUUCGGCCGGUCUCACCACCAUUGGCCAGGCUCGUGGUGACACAAUGUGCUCUUAUCUUCCGUUGGCUCACAUUUACGCUCGCCUGGCAGAGCACACUGCCUUCUGGGGUGGUGCCCGUAUUGGUUACUUCCACGGCAACAUCGUGGAGCUGGUCGAUGAUCUGAAGCUUCUGAAGCCGACUGGCUUCAUGUCAGUUCCGCGUCUUUACAGCCGCUUUGGCACUGCUGUGCGCGCUGCCACUGUCGAGCAGCCUGGUUUCAAGGGUGCUCUGUCCCGACACAUCAUUGCGGCCAAGACUGCCAACCUCAAGAACCCUGACCCCUCCAAGGCUACCAUCCGCCACGCCCUGUAUGACCGCAUCUGGGCCAAGAAGGUUGCUGCUGCUCUCGGUCUCGAGCGGGCCAGGUACAUGGUUUCGGGCUCGGCUCCCCUAGACCCCUCCUUGCACAACUUCCUCCGUAUUGCCACCGGUACCGAUGUCAUUCAGGGCUACGGUCUGACUGAGUCCUAUGCCUGCGGCACCGCUCAGUCGGCCGAGGAUCUGUCUUCUGGCAACUGUGGCCGUCUUGCUCCUUGCACCGAGGCUUGCCUGAUCUCCCUACCCGACAUGGAGUACUCAGUGGAUGACAAGCCCUACCCUCGUGGCGAGCUUCUCCUGCGCGGUACCAACAUGUUCCGCGAGUACUUCAAGAACCCGGAGGAGACUUCCAAGGCCAUGACCGAGGAUGGUUGGUUCCGUACCGGUGACGUUUGCCAGGUGGAUGAGAUGGGCCGCUUCAUCAUCAUCGACCGCCGCAAGAACGUUCUCAAGCUGGCUCAGGGCGAGUACAUUUCCCCCGAGCGCCUGGAGGGUGUCAUCAUGUCCGAGCUUGGUUAUCUCGCCCAGGCCUACGUCCACGGUGACAGCAUGCAGACCUUCCUGGUCGGCGUGUUCGGUGUUGCGCCCGACAUGUUCGCUCCCUUCGCCAGCAAGGUCCUGGGCCGCAACAUCGGUGACACGGAUAUGGAUGCCAUCAAUGCUGCUUUGUCUGACGACAAGAUUCGCAAGGCUGUGCUGCGCGAUCUCGAGCGCGUGGCCAAGAAGCACAAGUUUCAGGGAUACGAGCGUGUUAAGAACGUUUCUCUGAAGCUGGAGCCUUUCACCGUGGAGAACAACCUCCUGACUCCGACUCUCAAACUGAAGCGUCCUCCUACCGUCAAGCUCUACCGCGGCCUCCUGGACCAGCUGUAUGCUCAGGCUUUGGAGGAGGAGUCGGCUCCCCGCGCCAAGCUGUAG